UAAACCACGUGACGUGAAGCGGAAAUCCUCCGCUCUCUCAAAAUGUCCGCGGCCGAUGAGCACACGUUGCCUCAGGAGGAUGAUGAGUUUGAGGACAUGGAGGCGAGUGGAAGCGAGGAGGAUGAAAUGGAGGGAGAUGGACAGGACGGGGAUGGAGAGGAGAAAGUUUAUGUCCCCGGUUUGCAGCCGCUCCAGCCGGGAGAAGAGCUCGAGAUGGACCGCUCCGCUUACCGCAUGUAUCACGAGUGCCAGACCGGUGCCCCAUGUCUGAGUUUUGAUGUGGUGCGUGAUGGUGACGGAGAAGGGCGGGAGCAGUUUCCUCUCUCUCUGUUGCUGUGUGCUGGUACGCAGGCGGAUACCGCCUUAAGCAACAGGCUUAUUGUCAUGCGCAUGCACAAUCUUCAUGGAACUGAAAAAGAUAAAGAUGAAAAUGAAAGCAGUGAUGAAGAAAGUGAUGAAGAUGAAGAGGACGAGGAGCAGAAACCACAGUUGGAGUUGGCCAUGAUGCCACAUUAUGGUGGGAUCAACAGAGUCAGAGUCACCCAGCGAGGGGACCAGACAUUGGCUGCUCUCUGGUCAGAGAAAGGACAGGUGGAGAUUUUUGACCUCCGACCUCAGCUUGAGGCAGUGCACAGUUCGGCAGCGAUGUCGACCUUCAUCAAGCAGCAGAAGGAAGCCACGCCUCUUUUUAGUUUUUCUGGUCACAUGUCAGAAGGAUUUGCCAUUGAUUGGUCGCCCAAGGUACCAGGACGCUUGGUAAGCGGCGACUGCAAGAAGAACAUUCACGUGUGGGAGCCACAAGAGGGCGGGACUUGGAAGGUUGACCAGCGGCCUUUCAGCUCACACAGCAAGUCUGUUGAGGACCUGCAGUGGUCACCUACUGAAGCCACAGUUUUUGCAUCCUGCUCAGUGGAUCAGUCCAUUCGCGUUUGGGACACAAGGGCACCACCUAAUUCCAUGCUCUCAGCCAAUGGGGCUCAUUCUUCAGACAUCAAUGUUAUCAGCUGGAACCGGACUGAACCUUUUAUUUUGUCUGGCGGCGAUGACGGCCUCCUGAAAGUCUGGGAUUUAAGGCAGUUCCAGUCUGGACGUCCAGUGGCCAGUUUUAAGCAGCACAGCGCUCCUGUGACAUCAGUGGAGUGGAACCCUGUUGACUCCAGUGUGUUUGCCGCCUCUGGAGCCGACGAUGUUGUCAGCCAAUGGGAUCUGUCCGUGGAGUCAUGUGACAUGGGAGAACAGGCAGAUGGCUUAAAACAACUACCACCACAGCUACUGUUCCUUCACCAGGGCCAGAAAGAAGUGAAGGAGCUCCACUGGCACCCACAGAUUUCUGGAGUUCUCAUUUCCACCGCGCUGUCGGGAUUCAACAUCUUCAGAACUAUUUCUGUUUAACUGUGUGUGUCUGUGUGUGUCUGUGUGUGUCUGUGUGUGUCUGUGUGUGUCUGUGUGUGUCUGUGUGUGUCUGUGUGAGUGAGUGAGUGAGUGAGGAAAGAGAGAGAGAGAGAAAGCAAUUGGACAGUUUCAGGCAGAAAGAAUGUGCAUGUGUAUAAUUUUAAAUGUACAUAGAUGGAAGAAUGGAACAUCUAGGUAUGCGUGACUCACGCAUUUCUGUCAUUUUUUCCACCUCUUCUGAAACCAAUUUUUCAACUUCUUGAGGCAGAAAUAAUGCAAUUAUGUGAUGAAUUACUAAUUUGUACUCGUUAAAACUCCAUUCUGAAUCAUCCACAAGUCUCUUUGUUGUGUAUUAACUUUAUUUAUUAGUUAUAACACCACAUAUUUACCGAAGAGCCACUUGGGUCCUUGGGUAUCCGUUCAGUUUGAAAAAAACAAAAUAACUUCUCUUUUAACUUAAUGGACAUAACAGAGAAGGAUAUUUUUGUCUUUCAGUCUAAAGCUAAAGGCAGACUGUGGGUUUUAAUUGUUAAGGCAGACUGCAGUGGUUUUAUGGUUCAAACCAUCGUAGCCUUUGCACAUAAAACAAUAAACAGAAAAAUGUUUUGUUAGUUGUUAGUCCUUAUUUCUUCAUGACAAACAAUUAAAAACUCAACAGUUCCUUCUA